AUGGAAAACGAGUCAACAAAACUUUCAAGAUUUGAGAUUGAACAAUCUCCACCGGCGACGACAAACCGGCGUGUUAUAAGUGGAAGACUUACCAGAGUGUUCUCAGAGGACUACAAAAAAAUCGAAGGACGUAUAUUUGAUCCUCGAGGAGACCAUGUGAAGCAAUGGAACAGAUAUUUCUUAGUUGCAGCCCUAAUUUCGAUCGCUAUUGAUCCUCUGUUCUUCUACUUGCCUGAAGUGAACGACGACGAGAUGUGCAUGGGCGAAGAUACUUCUCUGAAAUUAACUCUCACAAUCAUUCGAUCGAUUGUCGACGUUUUCUACUUGAUUCAGAUUUACGUUCGAUUCAGAACAGCUUACGAUGCACCUUCAACUCGUCUACUUGGAAGAGGAGAGCUUGUUCUCGACCCUUCCAAAAUCUCUCAGAGGUAUCUCAAGAGAGAUUUCACUCUUGAUUUCCUGGCAUCUCUUCCUAUUCCACAGAUCCUGACAUGGCUCCCGAUUUUUGAUAAUUCUGAAAUGCUAAGCACGAAGACAAGCGUACUAUACUUCAUCAUGUUCCAAUUCUUUAUCAGACUCUAUCUUGUAUUCAAACUUUCAUCUCAUAUACAACAAGUAACCGGCGUCGUCGCUGAAUCGACAAUCGCUGGAGCUGUUUACAAUAUCAUCCUCUUCAUGUUAGCAGCUCAUGUGUUCGGAGCUUGCUAUUACCUUCUAUCAAUCGAAAGACAAGGAAUAUGCUGGAAAGAGGUGUGUGAUCUUGAAGAACCAGGAUGCGGGGAGAAGUUUUUCAACUGUCGUUACCUUGAUGAUCCAGGUCGAGCAUCAUGGUAUCAAUCAAGCAACAUCUCAAAUAUAUGUGGACGCGACACAGAGUCAUACGAAUACGGAAUGAUCUUUGAUGCUGUAAAUUACGGAGUUGCAUCCCUAGAUUUCUUCACAAAAUACUCUUAUUGUCUCUGGUGGGGCCUCCGAGCACUAAGCUCUCGAGCUGAAGAAGUCCAGGCAAGUACAUUUCUGGCAGAAACACACUUUUGCAUACUCAUAUCCCUCACAGGAUUACUACUUCUCGCCAUGGUUAUCGGCACCAUGGAGACAUAUCUUGAAUCAAGAACCGAAAGAUUAGAAGAAUACAGAAUCCAACAAAUGGACACAGAGUUAUGGAUGAACCACAGACAAUUACCACACGCAAUGCGUGAGCGUAUCCGAAAACACGAUCUUCACAAAUGGAUUAAACACGGGAAAGUCGAUGAAGAAGCGAUUCUAGACGAACUUCCAUUAGAAAUCAAACGAGACAUCAAACAAUACAUCUGUAUCGAAUUAGUCAGACGCGUCCCACUCUUUGACCAAAUGGAUGAGCGCACGGUGGAUGCAAUCUGCGAACGGUUGACACCUGUCACAUGCACACCUGGCACUUGUUUGUUACGCGAAGGCGACCCCACAAACGAAAUGCUAUUCAUCAUGCAUGGGAAUCUAGAUUCGUAUACUACGGAUGGCGGGCGGGCGGGUUUUUGGAAUGAGUGCCGGAUUGGGCCGGGGGAUUUUUGCGGUGAGGAGUUGCUGACGUGGGCGUUGGACCCGCGGACAACGAAGACGCUUCCGUUGUCCACGCGUACAGUCACGUCAGUAGCUGAGGUUGAAGCGUACGCGCUUUCCUCUAAGGAUUUGAAAUUUGUCGCGAAGCGGUUUCGGAAGAUGCAUAAUAAGAAGCUGAGGCAUACGUUUAGGGUUCAUUCGCACCAGUGGAGGACGUGGGCGGCUUGUUUUAUUCAGUCGGCUUGGAAACGGUAUAGAAGGAGAAAGUGGGUUGGAAUGUUGAAGGUGAAACAGAAUUAUAAUUAUGAGAAUGGUGUUGGUAGUGAACAAAGGAGGAAUAAAAGAAUGGGAUCUGAAACUCAUGAUUGUAUUCGGACCUCGGUACCCAAGCCUAAGGAUCCGGAUUAUUUUGAUUGAUGAUGAUAUGUGCAUUUGGAUUGUUGUGUCUUGUUGUUGUUAAAUAAUGUGCUAAGGGUAU